CGUAAAGGAAUGCGUUUCAUCCUGCGCACGUACAGAUGGACAGAUGGAGCCUCGUGUUAAGUGUAGGGUUAAUACCAAGGAGGGGGCGUGGUUUCGAUCAAUAUUUAAACCGCCUCACUGUAGUCUACUGUAAAAAAAAAAAAAAAAAAAAAACACCCACACGACUAAAAGCCCAGUCCUGAUGAUGCGCGUAACCGCCCGCCCGUCAGUGCUGGACAGCUCCGUCUCCUGACACCAAGAGGAGACACAGGAUGAGAACAGCCGCGUCCUCGCUCUCUGAAGCAGACUAAGGAGACCUGGUGGUGCUCCGAAUGGGCUGAUCCAAAGGAGGUGCGACCUGGACUGACUGGAGGAUCGUCAUUGUGCCUCGCCUUCUCCACCGAGUCAGGGCGAUUUCUCUAAAGACGCACAUGAACAGUUUGAUCCGCGACAGGAGCGAAGAGGGACACACUGCGGCUGCGUUUUCGUUGAAUUAAUCCAAGAAUGCACUGGCGAGUUGCUUCGACCAUUAUGAUUGUUACUGCCCUUACGUAACUGAGCUUUGUGGAGGGACGGGCAGAGAAAGAAACUGUGGGUGCCGAGCUUGUUUAUUCACAGCGGGAAAACGCAGGUGCAGAGAGAGGAAACAGAAAUCACUCCAGCUGGCAGACUAUGUCCACUCAGCAUGAUCUGUGAAGCAUCCAACUAGAGUAACAUGAGCGAGGACCGCGUGCAGGAAAGAGGGGCCGUCACCGUGGAGACCGAUACCACACUCCACGCGGCGACCUCUGACCUUGUGACACCUGCUGUUCUGAAAGAUGGAAAGCUAGGUGCAAACUGUAUCCACGAUUUUCUUCAAGAUGACGGAGAGUUCAACCCACCGCCUGUGGUUGAAAAGGAAUAUUUAUUGGAUGGGAGGUCGAUAGAUAACAAUCACGUGGACAAAAACAAAAAUAACGGCUCAUAUACCUCACCGUCAACAGAAACAAGUGCCCACAUUGAAACCGCUCUGCCCAACCAUUUCACUAGCAUGCACCAAAACUGCAUAGCUAGCGAAAGCCACAAUGGUGCGAGAGUUAAAGUGUCUUACCAUGCAGAUUCUUCAAUGCACAACUCCGGCCAAACUGUCCAGGAAACUGACUGCUCAAACCCUACGCUCAAGGACAGUGGCCAGGAAGCAGAAAAAAGCUUGUCACAAAAAGAGGAACCAGAUUUAGUCAUUGAAGUUGGAGGACAGACAAUCAACGCACAUAAGUCUGUCCUGGCUGAAAAAAGUGACUAUUUCAAAGCUCGAUUGUCACGCAACAUCCUCAAAGUGAAAGGGGUCAGCUACAAGGCUAUGUCCACAUUGAUAGAUUAUGUUUACACUGCCCAGAUGAAUGUUAGCAAGGAUAACGUCGUGGAUGUCAUUACCGGUGCUAAGAUUUUGCAGAUUCCCUGUGCCGUCCAGGCAGCUAUGGACCGCAUGUCCGAACAAAUCACGGCGGAAAACUGCUACGAGAUACUUACAAUAGCCAAAAAGCAACGUUUAAGUGAGCUGAAAGAGACUGCGUACGGGUUCAUGAGCGAUAAUUUCCUGAAAAUAUUGAAAGACCCCUCGGUUUACGGGCGUCUCACCGGAUCUGAGAGGGACCUGGUUUUGAAGAAGAGAAUGGAGGGGAAGCAAGUGUUGAUGGUGGCAGAGGUCAAUGAUGUUUUUGAUCGUGUCGGGAGCAGACCGCCAAGUCGCUGUGGUAGUCGACCUCAGAGUCCGUUGUCAGUGGGGUCAUUGGAGGACAACCAUAUGAUUUACUGCUACAAUGAAACAGUAAAUGAUUGGACAGCCUUGACUUCAAUGCCAGAUGACCUCAACACUAAGGGCUGUGGGAUCUGCACUAUGUAUAAUUACCUGUUUGUGGCUGGGGGGAUCAAGGGUAAUGGUGAAAAAGGUAAAGCGUCUGAUAAAGUGUUCUGUUACAACCCUAUCACCAACCGCUGGGCUGAAGUGCGGCCUCUGAUCCAGGCUCGGGCCCAGUUAAAGCUAGUAUCUAUGGACGGUUACUUAUACGCAAUUGGAGGAGAAUGUCUGUUCACUGUUGAGAAGUACGACCCCCGCAUGGACCGCUGGACUACGGUCGCUCCUCUCCCUAAAGGAGCGUUCGCAGUCGCCCACGAAGCCACAACCUGCAGUGGAGAGUUGUAUGUAUCAGGAGGUUCUCUCUUCUACCGACUUCUGAAAUAUGACACAAAGAGAGACGAGUGGCAAGAGUGUCCCUACAACAACAGCAGGAAAAAGUCAAGUGACAUGGUGGCUCUGAAAAGCUUCAUUUACAGAUUUGAUGUGAACCGCGAGCAAGGGAUCAAUGUGUUCAAGUACAAUACCAUAGUCAAAAUGUGGCACGACUGCGCUUCACAGAAAAUAGGGAGUCUGUUGCCCUUCCGAUGUGCUGUUAUUGGGAACUGCAUCUACUGUGUGAACAAGAGCCAGACUCUGCAGUUUGUGGUGGAGGAGGAGAAUGCCUAUUUUAUGGAAGAGAUGCUCAAGGCGCCAGUGGAGGCUCGGGGUGUGCUGUUCCCUUUUGUUCUUACUCUGCCUGAAAAGACUGAGAAAGUUACAUAAUAGUCAGGUUCACAAUAACACUUAAGGGUGUGCUUUAGCCAAAAUUAAAUAAGCAAAACACGUUAUAUAAACUUGUAAAUGUCCACUGUGUCUCAGUGUAUUGAUGGCUGCUUGCCUUGUGAAUUUUUGCAUGGGAACUUAAUGCAUUUAUGAGUUAAGCCUUAAAAAUUUGUUUUGAAUGGAAGCAACAAUAUUUGAUCUGAAACUGUAGAUAUGACUUGACAAUAUGAAGGUAACAGUUGUGUGGGUGUCUAUUCUCAUGGUUCUGUGUAAUGUUCCAUAGUACUGUCCAUGGUAUCUAAACACCCUUAUGUUUUGAAAGAGAGUAUGGUAAAAAUAUGGAUAUUGAAUGUGCAAUCUGAAUGACAAAAGGUGAUAUGCAAAUGAAACAGCAUGAGCUGUAAGGGAGCUUUGCUGUUAAUCAAAAUGGGAGCUAGCUAAGUCUUGUACAAGGUUAAUAAGAUUUUUCAGCGCUUAGCAGAAGCACUUUUGUUGUCACUUCAUCAUCUUGUUUAUUUUUAGAUUGUUUAAGUUAAAAAUAGCAUGCUUAGUCAUGCCCAAGUCAAACCCUCUAUCUAAUAGGCUACUUAGCCUGGCAUCUACUUGUAGGUUGUAACCAGUAGGUUAUGGUUAGCCUACUUUUAUAUAAAUAUAUUUACUACGCUGGCCCUUAGGUCAUAUUUUUAAAUUUACUAAUUUGUAACUGGUUUUGUACCUAGGGGUAACAAAAGCACAAGGUCAGAGAGCACUAAUGUGAAUUGUGAUUGUAUCCUAUAUUAGGCUAUGAUGUAAAAAAUAUGUGUGCCAAAGAGUUAAACAGCGUUAAUAACUUACUAUUACUACAUUUUAUCUGAAUAAAAUCACAAUAUGGCGUUGUUUAUUAGAUGUAAAUUUUUGUAUUCCCAAUUCCCCAAGUUACCCAGAUUGUUGCCAAAAAAAAGGAUAAAGGUUAAAAGUCUAGUCACAGACUUUUCUGGCUGUCAGAAACGGCUUGAGGCUUCAACUUUGGUUACAAACUUUAAAGACACCGAUGUGUUUUUGUUACAUCAUGGUCACCUUCACUUUGAAUGGUGUUUAUAGAAUUUCCAUUUUUAGCUGCACUAAUACUUGCAGUAUUCUGGGGGAUGUGUGACUAAAUGCUUUUGAUAUAGUUUGUAUGGUCAGUGUGACACAGGCAGCAUUGAUGUGGUGUAACAUUUGGUAUCUUGCUGGCUACAGUCUGUAUUUUAUUACUUUUCUAUGGAGCGUGGAGCUUUUGAUAUGCUGCUGUGAUGGACAUGUUUGAGGUAAAGACUUUUGUUGAUGACAUUUGAAGUGGCCUGAUGAAAUAACUGUGGAUAUGUCCAAAUUAAGUGCUUCGAAUAAAACAUUUGUCUUCAAGAAAA